GCCAGCUGGGGUAACCGAAGACCUUUAACACAGAGAGACGAGCAUUACACAACGACGACGGAUCUUCACUUUAGAGUAUCUAUCUCCUUUUCCGGAGACUUGAAUGAGGUAAAGGGAGCUCAUUUUACUCAAAUUGAAAUUGUGACUCUCUCGGCUGGUUUUGUUAGUAACUUUACGUUAAUUUUUGGCUUUGAGUUUGGCUUCGUGGUGGAGCGGAAACGUGGGCACGUACACGCCAACGGUUAUGUUUACUAAAAACAAAGACUGAAUAUGAUAUAGUGUAUUAAAUGUGCACGAAGUUCUUGUUGUUGUCUACUGCUCAGAUCACGUGUACCCACUUCUUACGCGUGUGUGGAUAUUUUUUUAUUUUUUUUUGGAUCCACUUGCAAAGCAACACAACCAAGGAUUUUCCAUGUGGGGCUAUAACCCAAGAUGCCUCUGAAUGACGAGCGACCUGGCUCCACGUCCAGCGGUGAGGAACGAGGCAGUGACGUGGAGUCGUCCUCGGAGCGCUGUGACAGCAUGAUGUCGACCAGCGACCUGGACUGUUCCCGGGAGAGCUUCACCAGCGACUGCUCCAGCAAACAUUGCACGCCCUCCUCGAGCCCACCCAAAACCAUAAAACUGGAUGAAGUCAUGGAGUCCACCAGAGACCUGUCCAAUCUCAGCAUUGCCCACGAGAUCAUUGUGAACCGCAACUUCCACCUGGAACCAGACCGCCUACCUCAGGACAGUUUAUGGAAGAUAGUUAGAGAUUAUGUCCACAAGGCCUUCUGGGACAUCCUGGAGUCCGAGCUGAACGACGACCCGCCUGAGUAUGGGCAAGCCAUCAGAUUAUUGGAGGAGAUCAGAGAGGUUUUAUUGUCCUUCCUUAAUCCGGGCACCAAUCGGAUGCGGACCCAGAUCACGGAGGUGCUGAACAUGGACCUGAUUCGUCAGCAGGCCGAUAACGACGCUGUAGACAUCCAGGGGCUCGCCUCUUACAUUAUCACCACCAUGGGCAAAUUGUGUGCACCGGUUAGGGAUGAGGAUAUCCAGAAGCUCCGCGAAAGCCCAGAUAACACAGUGUCACUGUUCAGGGAGAUCUUCCAUGUGCUGGACCUGAUGAAGGCUGACGUAGUCAACUUUACAAUCGAUAACCUGAGGCCUGUGCUGCACAGGCAGGGUGUUGAAUACGAGAGGGCAACGUUUCAGAGCAUCCUGGACAAAACACCCAGUGCUUUGGAGCACACCACCUCGUGGAUCAAGUCAGCACUUGAGGAGCUGUCGACCCCCAUCACCAAAGAACAGACUGAUGGUCAGGGAAAAGGAAAGCGACUGGUGCCCGGGCCCUUUCAGGUCCUCAACGUUGCCUUCCUCCGCAUCCUUACAUGGGACUACGAUAAGAGCCCACUGCCUGAGACCUGGAUGACUGAUGAGACACGUCUGCGGGAGAUUCAAUGGCAGCUCCAGCAGUGUGAGGCGGUGAACGAGGUGCUGCUCAUUAUCUACAGUACCAUUGGAGGGGCUAUCCAGGGUCUGCCCUCCUUGUCUGACCGCCUGAAGAGGAUGAUUAGUGUGCUGCUGGAUGGGAUGCACAGCAAGGACUUUAACCUAGAAGAGGCACUACGGAGCGUCAGUGCUCAGAUCUGCUGUGAGCUCAACAAGUCUUUAACAGAGAGGAGCUACCCGUCCCUGAGCCCGGCGCUGCAGGCCACCCUCACAGGCCAGAUCUGCAGCAUCACUCAGAAGGACAAUCCCAUCCGCACUCUAGUUGAGGAUCGGGUGCAGCGGUUCUUUACAGUCCUCAUCUGGGAUCCUAAACCCAAGAUCAAACUUGAACAGGUACCAGCUGGCUUGACUGCUAUCAAGCCUGAACUAGCAUUGAUGGGAGCACAGUUCAUCUCCCUGGUUAACUACAACAAGUCUGUCUAUGGACCUUUCUACGCGGAUAUCAUCAGGAAGCUGAUGUUCAGUAGCAGUCCACCAGCAGCAAACCCUCCGCAGGACACCGCCCUGGACUCCGUCACCUCCAAUUAAAACCAAACUUUUGCUUGUGCAGUCUAAGGAGUCUUUUUGCUGCUGGACAUAGCUAAAGCUAAGAGGGCACUACAAUAGCUAGGCAGUGCAACUGCUCCGCUCAAGCCAGUGUACUCCAAUAGUUGGAGUUACCUUCAUCGUAUUGCAAAUGUAAUUUUUCUCACUACAUUUAGCAGUGAAGGCACUGCAGUGUAGGCGCCAUGCAGUAGACAUUUAAUGUCCCCUGCAUCCUUAGCAAUAAAUGCUCGAAAAUACUAUGCUUUCCUGUGAAUACUUACAGCUUCAAACCUAAAACACCAGUGUUACAGCGAUCCAUUUCUGAACCUAAUAGAGAUCCCUACAUGGUAAAUGUGUCUGUUGUCAGACUCCUGUUAUUGUAGAGGGGGAAAAGAUCAAAACCGUAGUAUGUCCAAAGUAAAGUUUAUAAAGUAUAGAGGAAGACGCGUGUAUAUUUAGAAAAGUAGCACAUGAGAUUCCUUAUGUAUCAGAAAAAUAUUUAUCACUGCUAAAUCCUAAGGUAACUAUAUAACUGCAGUUAAUUAUGACCGCCGUUGAACAUAUUAAUGCAAAACACAAGUUUCCCCAUGGACUCUUUUUGAUUGUUCUCCCUUUAACUUCUUUAUCAUCCAGACAAUUUAACGUUCAGUAUUUUUUUUUUAAUCCACUGAUUCUAUUUUACAGCUAAAAUAGAAGUAGACAUAAAAAAACUGGGAUUUUAACUAAAAAAAAAAAAGAAGAAAAAAAAGUCUGCAUGAGUAGCACAUGUUGUGUGUUCUAUACUUUUACUUAUUUUCUGCCAGUGGAAUACUUGUUUUAUUGAUUUAGUUGCUAUGUUUGUUACAUGAUGAGGUACUGUAGUUGUUACAGUAUUGCUGUGUUGGCUGUUAGAACCUGUGGGAAAAUGAAAGGUGCUGAACUCAAAAGUGAUUCUUUGCACAAAGAAAAGUGAUAUGUACUUUUGAAAAGGUUUACAUAAAAUGUGGUAA